CGACGGGGCAGCGAGAUUGCUCGUUCGAUAAACCAAGCACUACUACUAAUUGAUGCUUAUCCUGCAUUGUAUUCCUCGUUGAAAGUUUUGAUUAUAAUUGACUUCUUCGCUGCAUUGCACUUUGUAUGAGCAGACCGAAGCACAUCUCCGCGGCCAAUUCUCAACAACACGCUUGCCAUAAUGAGCGCUUCAGACGCUGAGGCGCCAAAGCUGGACAAGGCGCGGCACAUCAAAUACUGGCAGCGAUGCCAUAAGACAUUUCUCCCGACAGCCUACACUGGAAGCGACUCAACGAGACUCACAUUUGCCUUCUUUAUCAUCUCUGCGCUCGACAUCUUGUCCGUCCCGCUCACAGCCCAGGAUCGGGCAGCAGUGCGAACCUGGGUUUUGAGUCUCCAGCACCCAGAUGGAGGCUUCUGCGGAAGCCCAACUCAUGCCAUGGCGGGCGAAAAUGCUUCCAAAGGCUCGGCCAACAUAGCGGCUACUUUUUUCGCUCUGAUAUUGCUGGGCAUGGCGGCGGAGACUGAAGAGGAGCAGCGCUCGGCGUACGCUGGGGUUGAUCGCAAGGCGGUGCUGCUCUGGCUGAGAAAGCUGCAGAGGAGCGAUGGGAGCUUUGGACAGGUGCUGUGGGAGGGCGAACCAACGGGUGGAAGGGAUACGCGCCACAGCUAUCUGGCAAGCUCUAUACGAUGGAUGCUGCGGGGCUCCGUUCAGAAGGGGGAUGAGAAUUGGGUGGAAGAUAUUGAUGUUGAAAGGAUGACGGAGUAUAUCAGGAGUCUCCAGACUUAUGAUGGCGGUAUUGCAGAGUCUUCGACAGAGGAGUCUCACGCCGGAUAUGCAUAUUGCGCCAUUUCGGCACUAUCUUUGCUCGAUAGGCAUCCUGAUACAACGGCAGAUACAAAACAGGCCAUGGACAGCGGCAUCGCAGAUCGUACCAAGUUACUCAAGUUCCUUGCGCACAGACAAUUCAAAUAUUUGUCAAACACAGAGGCCAUUGCAAGUGACGGGGGCACAGGGGAGAACUAUCUCGAGGCUAAACUCGGAGAUCUGAGUCUUGAUGGGGAGCGCGCGUACACGGGAUUCAACGGCAGGUGGAACAAGAAAGCCGAUACCUGCUAUACGUGGUGGGCUUGUAGCAUGUUCAGGUUACUUGAUGCUGAUUAUGUCUACGAUGCGGUGCCGACUGGCAACUACUUACUGGACAUUACACAGCAUAUCAUUGGCGGAUUCGGCAAAGCUGUCGGUGAGCCUCCGGAUAUCUACCAUUCUUACCUUGGCUUAGCCACGGUGGGUUUGAUCGGUGGACAUGAUUUGAAGGAAGUCGAUGCGGGCUUGUGUUGUAGCAAAGACGCCGCUCGGAAGAUUGAGAUGGCGAGAGAAGGGUUGUUGGAGUCUUUGAAGAAGCAGAGUGAGCAGCGCGGUGGAUGGGGGGCUGAUGAGUUUUGGGGUAAAGCUGCAGAAAUGGUUAAAGUGAAAUAAAUGUUUACUAGUUUUGUAAUUGGGGCAUUGCAAAUAAAAU